AUCAAAGCUUCACCAUGGCCAAAUUCGUGCUUGCGGGUAGAGCAGAUGACCCAUAUUAUGCUAAAGCAGAACUCCUGGCAGACUAUUUACAGAAGAAUCUUCCUGAUUUUCAUAUAUUUAAAAUUACCCAACAUCCUCAUGUUUGGGAGGAGUGGCUGAGAGAUGUGUGUGAAAAGAAUAAAUGGAGCCACAAAAGUUCCCCCAUCAUCUGGAGGGAGCUGCUGGAUCGCGGAGGAAAGGGCUUGCUGCUGGGAGGAUAUAAUGAGUUCCUAGAGCAUGCCCAGCUUUACUACGGUGUCACCUCUAGCAUGACGACUGAGCUGAUGAAGGCGAUUGCUCAGGAGAACCUGGAGGCUCAUAUACAAAAAGAGCUGGAGAAAGAAUCCCUGAAAGACCUCGUUGACCCCUUGCAGGUCUGGAUCACCAGUGCAUCUGCCCCUACCUGCUACAGCCUCAUCCCCAUCCUGACCAGCGGGGAGGUGUUCGGAAUGCACACGGAAAUCAGCAUAGCCCUGUUAGACAACAAGCAGGCGGAAAAAACCCUCCACAACCUCGCCAUGAAUGCGCAGGACCUGGUGUCGCCCGUGCUGCGCAGCAUCUCCAUCUGCACCAGAGUGGAGGAGGCCUUCCGCCAGGCCCACGUGGUCAUCAUCCUGGACGACCCCAGGACCAAGGAGGUGUACACAGUGGAGGACUGCCUCCGGAGCAGGGUUCCUCUGUGCAGGCUCUACGGCUACCUGAUCGAGAAGAACGCUCGCGACUCGGUCCGAGUCAUCGUGGGAGGAAAAACCUUCGUCAACCUGAAAGCGUUGCUGCUCAUGAGAUACGCGCCGAGCAUCGCGCGCAAUAUUGUCGCUGUGGCGCUGGGGGUGGAAGGGCAGGCCAAGGCGGCGCUGGCCAGAAAGAUGAAAACAUCCCCCUCAUACAUCAAAGAUGUGAUAAUUUGGGGUAAUAUUAGUGGAAACUGCUACGUCGAUCUGAGAAAAGCCAAGAUUUACAGAUAUGAGAGUGCUAUUUGGGGACCUCCUCACUUUUCUCGCCCUAUUUUAAGCUUGAUUUUUGAUAGUGAGUGGAUAAACAGAGAAUUUGUGACAACUCUUAAAGAGUUGACCGCCACAGGAAAACAAUUUGGAGGCAUGUUAGCUGCACACAGUAUAGCCACUACAUUGAAAUACUGGUACCAUGGAUCACCGUAUGGGGAGAUAGUGUCCUUAGGAGUAUUGAGUGAAGGCCAGUUUGGCAUUCCUGAAGGGAUCGUCUUUUCUAUGCCUGUGAAAUUUGAGAAUGGAACUUGGGUGGUUCUCACAGAUCUCAAAGAUACUGAAAUAAGUGAACAAAUAAUGACCAGAAUGGCAAGUGAUCUAAUGCAGGAGAAACUUGUUGCACUUGGAGAUUUGUUACAUUUUCAGCCAUAUCAACCAGAACCUGAAGGGGCUGCCUUAACUACCACAGAUGACAAGGAGGAAAAUCAGGAAUAUUCAGAUGUUUUGGUUUCAGAACAUAAAAAUGACAAUCUUGAUCUAACCUACGAGGAAGGGAAAGAUCAAGUUACUCCAGAUGUGGAUUUUUUAGAUCUGACUCCUAAAAUCAACUCGGAAGGCCCAUUCAAUCAAGAGUUCACAAAUGACUUUGAAGGCAUAUCUUUGGAACAGUAACAGAUCAAAGUAUCUGGUAUUGUAAUAAAUAUAGGAAGACCCAUGAUGUCGGUACUUAGAGAAGAAUAAUAGAAAGAUUUACUUCAGUCUCAGAUAAUAUUAUCCCAGACAAUUAAAUAACAGUGAUAGCACACACACACACACACACACACACACACACACACACACAAGUCAGAGUUCAAUUAUUCUGUGUACCCACUCAUAUAGUUAUUAUCAAUUUCUCAUAAAUACUUUGGUAUCAAUUGUUAUUUUUUUGAACUACAAUA